ACUCUGUUUUUCUUUCUAGAAUUAUGCAGCAAGUGAUUUCACUAAUUGCAAGGAGGAAGUGGAAGACAGCCACACCUAUGAGCCUAUGUUAGGCUCAAAAACUCCACCAGCCAUGGCGAACCCGAACUCAAGAGAUCAAUAUUCAGUUGGAUCAAGAUGCCAACAAGAAGUCAAGGUGGAUGAGGAAAAGAAGGAUGACCUAAAAGACAGCAGAGAGGAGACAGAAUCUGAAGAUGAAGAAGAGGAGGAUUCAUACAGCCUUCAUAACAGUCCUGGAAAUUUGUAUGCCAGCAUAGGGGAUGAGCUCAAAGAGAGCAGGAGAGAUUGCUUUUUCUGCAAGAGGCCACCCCCUCCUCUCCCUCGAAAUCUGCCUGGCAUCCAAAGACAGGACAAUCUGCAUAAUUCAUCACAAGAGAGGAAUUCUGUGAUGGGCAGGAGUAGAAGAGAACAGGGUGAUGGACUCUCAGCCGCAUGCGGCGGAGAAGACCAAGGCACCUGCGAGGAGGACAGCGAGGACGAGCACCCCUACACUUGUAUGGCACUGGAUGAACGUGUGUACGACCUCAUCCUGGGGCAGGAGGAGCAGAAGGAGGAGAAAAGGAAGCACUGCAGGUCCUUCAUCAUGAACAGGCCACCAGCCCCUACGCCCCGGCCCAUGUGUUCGCUGGUCAGAGAGGAGAGCACUCCCUACAUAGUACAAGUGUUUCAGCAAAAGGCCUGUCGAGUGACCAGUGACAACAGCAGGACAUACUGCGAGGCCAGAAAUCCUGAAGCACACAGAGGCCAUGCCGAGACAGUAACUUAUAGCACUGUGGUACACAGGAUCCCUUCUGAACAGGAAGAACUCAUCCACUUGCAGGAACGGGUGAAAAAGGGGACAAUUUCUGUGGAUGAAGCCCUUGACAGAUUUAAACAGUGGCAGAACAAAAAGCAGAGACUACCAUCCACUCAACAGGAAAAAGUGCAUCACCUUAGAGACACCACUAUCAGAAACAGACAAGAAAAUGAAAAUCUGAAUGUCUACAACUAGGAACUCAACAGACAAGGAACAGCUGCCUAAUUACCCAAGUGUGACUCUCCAGCCAGCUGCACAUCAGCUUCCUCUGCUUGGCAUCCCACUCGUGUUCCAGCCUCAGGCUCCAGCCCAUCCUGCAGUGUCACCACCAUGGGAUCUUUGCUGUACUUCCAGUACCUUGGAUUCUCUUGACAGGGGUCUGGAAGAAGAACAGUAUCACUAAAGCAAAUUAAUACGGUUUCUUGUGAAGUCAUCGCCGAAUUUUACACUUUUUCUUUGCUUUUUCUUUUUCCAAGAUGACAGCUGACAAUUUAUAUAAAGAUGUAUUGCAUGCUUUGGUUAAUAAGUUUUGAAGGUAUUUCAGUUUUUCCAUUGUGCUUGAUAAGUUGGUUAAAAGUAGAUUUUAUGCAGAAAAGAGCAAGACUGUAACAGGUUAUAAAGAUUAUUAAGUGAAAGUAAAUAAAAUUUAGCUUUUACUUUUUGUUGAAA